AUCUUUGACCUUUAAUUAUUAAAAAGUCUUUAAUAGGCCUCAUAGAUAUGUACAUUAGAUGUCGCCUAUGUAUCUAGGCCUCAUGCAACUGAAGUUGUGUUGUUAUAGCAACAACAUACAACUGUUCAUACAGGCUCUCAAAACAUUGAAGAUUCCGCUUACUAUUUUAGGAUUUCUCUUAUCAAUGGAUCCUGCAGAAAAGCGGCACCGGUCGGAGGCUCUGGCCGUCGGGCAGGUCAGUCACCAUAGCAUUGAGCUGGUCUGGAGCCGAGAAAAAGGCUCAAAAUGGACAGACCCACCGCAAAACUGGACCUGCUUCAUCCUGGAGCAGAUGAACAACACAAAACACAGCUUUAAACAGAUACACAAGGGCUACAACACACGCUUCACGGUGGAUAACCUAGAACCAAAAACCACCUACACUUUCAGACUGAAGGUCACGUGGCCAUCUGGUCAGCAGCAGUAUUACCCAUCAGUCACUGCGUCUACAGAAAAGCCGCCUCUGAAUGGGAAGAAUCUUCACAGCGCCGUCCUCAAGACUGAUGAAGUGGAGCUCUGCCGAGUGCUGCAGUCUGGAACGGUCACAGUAGACGUUCCUGACCGGCUGGACUACACUCCUCUCAUGAUGGCAGCCAUAAAGGGCUUUACUAGUGGAGUUCAGAUUUUGGUGCAUCAUGGUGCCGAUGUGAGCAGAAAAAACAGCAGUGGCAAAGACAGCCUGAUGUUGGCAUGUUUUCAUGGGCACCUGGAUGUGGUGAAGCUGCUGUGUGGGUGCGGCGCGUCCUGGAGAGCUCGAGACCGGACGGGCUGCUGUUCUCUGCAUUGGGCCACAGCUGGAGGACAGCUGGACAUCCUGCAGUACCUCAUACAGUAUGGAUGUGAGGUCAAUGUGCAGGACAACAUCGCGUGGACGCCGCUCAUGAUCGUGUCGGUCAUUACUGGAGAUCCGGCUGUGGCUUCACUGUUGAUCAGCGCUGGAGCCGAUGUCAAUGUGCAGGACAGAGACGGGAAAACACCACUGAUGGUUGCUGUGCUGAAUAACUAUGAGCAUCUGGUUCAGAUCCUGCUGAAGAAAGGAGCUGAUCCAAACAUUCAGAAUAAGUGUGGAGUUAGUGCUCUGGAGAUGGCCAAAGCAUUCGACAGGCAGAAUAUCAUCAGUUUAUUGGAGGACGAGGAGUCCGAGAGGCCAAAAUAAAGAAAGAAAUAACAGAAAGGUUUUAUAAACGACUUUAUUAGCGCCGGCCUUUAUGCAGACCGUUCAACAUACGGUAUCUGAUUUCACAUUUCAUGAUUAAUCAAAGACUCAUCAUUAUAAAAAAAGCAAGUUUACACCCGUGACACUACAGAAAACGAACAUUACAUGAGCAGAUUUACUGAAUGCAGAUACAACAUGUGAAUAAAGGAUAACUGUGGUUAAAACAAGCAAAGGCAGUGACAUAGAGAUGUACCGUCAUAAUCAUCUGUAAUGCACUGUGUGGUUUAACACUGUAGAAAAGGCAACAAGACACUUCAGACGCCGCCGUGUUCGCUAAUACAGUAAAUAAAGAUGAUUUUACAAUGUAAACACUGAGAUAUAACGGCACUCAUAGGGUGUCCAGUAUAUACAGGCCUGAAUGACCCACGGUUCAGAUCAGAAAUGGCUCAGUGGCGGUCAAUGGGUCACACUUCACAAUAAGGUUUCAUUAGUUAAUGUCAAUACAUUCACUAACAUGAACUAGUUAUAAAUACAAUACUUGUGCAGCAUUUAUUAAUCAUAGCUUGCAUUAUUAAAAUCCAUAUUCAUAACCAUUAGUUGAUUCACUUUGAGUUAACAUGAACUAACAAUAAACAAAUUUGAUGAAUAAAUACUU